AUGCUCUACAACUUCAUCUUCUAUUGCCCGAUGCACCUGUUCAGGAUCACAGAGAUGCCGCUUCUGAUCCUCGCCAUGCCCUCGCUGCACACGCGCCUCAUCCGCUUCUCGUUCCUCUAUGUUCUCUGGGGGUGUGCUCGGGCGGAGUUGGGGGAGAGCUUCCGAAAGUGGCACGCUUCAUAUCUCAACUUCGCGAGGAAGCCGCUGGUGGAGCUGUGGGACCACUGCCACCGCUCGCCGCUGCAGCUCCGCUACGACAUGGAGCCGGUCCGCUCCCCCAACCUGGGGCUGCACGUGAUCUCCUUCCUUUGCCUCGGGUACCACGCCGAGCGGAUGCUGGUGCUGGCCCGCUCCCCUUACAUGUUCAUUGCAUACAAGGCGCAGGACCUACUCCCGACGUGUUUCCUGGUGCUGCCCAUGAUCGUGACCACCUGCACGUACAUCAACGCGCCCGUGUUGCUGCUGGGGCCCACCCAAUUCACUCAUCCGCUGCUGGUGAUGCGCAUGCCGCUGGCGCUGCUCAAGCAAUCCUUCGUGAAUCGGGCGUUUCGGCUGGUCCUCGCGAGCGCCGUCAUUGCGACGCUGGGGAUGUUCAUGCUGCUUGCGGUCAACCGUCUCCUGAACCCGUCGCUGGUGAUGCUCAUGCCGCUGGAGAUUAAAUUGCAAUCCUUCGUCAUCCGUGUAACCCUGCUGGUUCUCAUGGUGUCUCUCUGCAUGCUGAACAACCUACCGUUGCUGACUGUGUUCCUCUGUCCGCUCUGCCGCCGAUGCGGGAGGCGCUCCGACCAACCCUGA